GUGCAAAGCGUUGUGGAUAGCCAUGUCUGUCUGUGGGAGUGUUCUUUGUGUCACUACAGACUGACAUCCUUUCGACACACACUGAUGGAACUGCCUGCCGGUGGUCAAUCGCCAUUCGAUGACAGACAGAGUGUGGCCGUUCGCUCAUAUGCCAGCCGGUCGGCUACUGAGCGAACCAGUCAAUCAAGUCGACACACAAAGACGCACACACAAAGUCAGUCAGUCGGCAGAACAGGGGUUCUGUGCUGUACACCCACAUGCAGGCAGGCAGGCCGAGAGAGAGAGAUGCAUUCAUUGGGCGGAGGGAUGAAAAAGCCCUAGUUAGUAUGCACACAGACAGACAGACAGACAGUCGCCACGCAUCAUGCCAUGGAUCAUCGCAUCAGGCAGAGAGAAAACAAAACAAAAUCGGCACACAAAACCAUACACACACGAAGGAAGGAAUCUAGCGCCGGCCGCUUUGCAGCACUGACAAAUGCUUGCUCCCUCACUGCGCCUUUAUGUCUUCCGCCGUUGUCACCCCAGCACCGUCCUCCUCGCCGCCCUUUUCCCUCUUCAGCUUGUGCCGCUUGCUGAGGUUCUUCCGUAUCCUCUGUGCCGUCCACCAGAUCUGCAGCAGGUAGAGGGCGGCCAUCAUGGCCGAGUAGGCCCAGUGGUGCCUCAUCGCCACAUAGCUCGUGGCCGCAAAACACACCAGCCGGCCCACAUACCAGGUGGCGACCUCCAGGCCAUUGACGUGCGGCGCCAAGGGGGUGCUCUGCACAUACGGCCGCACCAUCCGCAGGCUGCUGUUGAGCUCCACGACGCUCACGGUGAUGCUGUUGACGAUCUUCUCCCACUCCUCAAAGUGCAUCAGGGCGUACGCGAAGAGGCCGGCGCAGCAGAGGUGGUGCAGGACGAUCUGCCAGACGCCCCCGAUGCGUGUGACCGAGGGGUCGGCGCACACCCACACACACUCGAUCAGCAGGUAGAGGACCAGCAGGCCGCCAGAGGCCUGGUAGUAACGGGGCAAAACAAACGAGAGGAGCGCGCCGACGAUGAACUGGGCAUUGUAGAGGACCGCAUAGAUGUGAUUCGCACGCAGACCCUAAAGGACAGAGUCCACACACAGGCACACAAACACACACGCACACAGAGUGUGUGUGUGUCCAUCCCUCCCCUCUGAGUGGGCGGUGAGCGCACCUUGAUGGUGCCGUUGAAUGACUGCGACAGCGCCCUGUCCCAAGCGCCUAUGGCCCCGAUAGCCAAACACGCGUGCAGCACGAUCGCCACACACGGCCCUAUCAGACCGCUGUGCCACCCCUCCUCCAGUAUCUCAUACAACACUAUCUGCAACACAAACACACACACACAUACAAGCAACCAGCUCAUGAGAUCUAUCUCCCCAGCUGGCUUUCCUUAUGUGUGUCCACCCACCCCCACCUGCGGCCAUAUGACGUUGAAUGCCACAACAAACAGGAGCAUCUCGACUAUCUCCCAGUUGCUGGCGUUCUCCCCGACGCGCGACAGCAGCUUCAGCGACCCAUACGGCAACAUGUACACCAACACUGGAAGCCCACAAGACAGCAGGCUCACUGAACACGGACAACAGCAGCAUAGAUACCAUCAUCACGAGGAUCACGAGGAUAUGGGAUGUAUCCUUUGUUUCUCCUACGUGAGUGUCGUGUUUCGCUGAUGCGUGUGGCAAGGCCCGCGAAGAAGGCCAUCAGAGAGGCGCGUGUCAGACCCAUCUUAGGCCGGGAGAUCUCUCCUCC